AUUGCCCAUUUGAUCAGCAUUUUUCAAUCCGGUGUUCAACCCUUGGGUUGUGCCAGGCUCCCAUUGUUAGCUCUGUCGCUUCGUCAUUGGUCGGCAAUUUUCAUGAGCAAAUGCCUUUCAAAGGCUGUCAAUGACUCCUAUUGUUAUUCAAGUGCUUAUUCAUCAACUGCUGCAUUGGAACACCCUAUAUUAUUCUCUCUAGCUUUAAUCAUUUAUACAAACCCGAUUGAAACUCGUCACACCUCAAGCCCGGUUCCGUUAAGAAAAUUCAUCAAAAUCAUCAUUUACACCUGCGACAUAUCGUUAUUUUACUAACAAGUGAUACCUUGAAUGAAGUCAGCGUAUUUUCAUCUAAAUUUUAUCUGUGGAUUUACUUGGAUAUGACAUACAGUUAGGUUUAAGUUCUUGUUCACCUGUUGACUACGUUGAGAACUGUGCUAGUUCAGCUAUUUUUUUUUUACAAUAAUGGAUACCGUUAUAAAGAAAUGUACCUUAAUAAUAUUGACAAUCGUACUGGUUUUGUCGUCUGCUCGAAUAGUGUAUGGUUAUAGUACCGGUGGCCCAAUGCAGGCCUGCUGGAAUAUGUUACCUGGACAUUUCAAUGUUGCCCCACAAACCUCUGUCUCACCAUACACUGUAACCCCGAGUGUGACGACAUAUUCUCCAGGAGAUACAUUUUCAGUGACGCUCACAGCUCCAGCUGGUGUGCCACCAUUUAAGGGUUUGAUGGUGCAGAUGAGACAAGUUAAAGGCACCAUAGCCAUUGGUCAAUUUUCAAAUAUAGACCACGAUCGUGCAUAUUUUGUCCACUGCAAUGGCUCGUUAUUUAGUGUUGUCAGCCAUAACAGUGCUGUUGAUAAAACACAGAUGACUAUGCAGUGGACUGCUCCCACUGAAGGGAUGGGUAGUAUUCAACUUUUAGUAACUUUUGUUCAGAAUCUUAAUACAUUUUGGGUGAAGCAAGAAUCAAUUGUGAUUCAAGAGAAUGAAGUUUCAGAGUCAGUUUGUGUCCCAAACCCAUGUCUAUUUGGAUCAUGUUUCACCAGUGAAACAUUAACUCAAUAUCUGUGUGUAUGUCAACCCAGCUAUACAGGGACAAAUUGCGAUGAAUAUAUUGGCACAACCACACCACAACCCAGCAUAUGUAGCAUAUCACCGUGUCAGAAUGGGGGAACAUGCGUUGAUCAGAGUACAGCAGAGACUUCAAUGUUCACCUGCAUUUGUCCUGCAGGUGUACAAGGACAUUUGUGUACAGAAAUCCAAGAUGAAGAAGCAGUGACCUGCGCCUCUUACCCCUGUCAAAAUAAUGGAACCUGCUUUGAUUUGGCAGAGGAUUCAAAGAGGGAUGCACUAGGACCAUUGUAUAUCUGUGUGUGUGAACCAGAACAUAUGGGAAAACACUGUGAAAACAUAACAGGUGGGGAACAUGUAGAUGUUGUAAACUGUGCAUCUAACCCCUGUCAAAAUAAUGCAACCUGCUUCGACUUAACCCUUACAAAAAUGUCCUAUAGGAUCCUAUAA